CUUUGAUGUGCAUAUCCUCAGUGACCCUUAAAGGCAAUGAAGAGUAUUGCUGAUUAAAGUGAUUCUCAUGCAAAGGCUUUUGCAGCCACAGACUUUUAAUGACCAUGUACUUUUUUGUGACCAAUUGCAUUAAAUGUGAAAUCCUAAUUCAGAUCUGUUAUGUUUCUGUUUGUCCACUGGCAGGUAGUGCUGGGUAUCAGACACACCUGGGGUGCAUCUAACAUUCCUUAUCUUUUUUUCUUUUUGUAACUCCUUCCUCCAUGGCCUGGAAAUUAUUUUGUGAUGCUAUCUUGCCACCUGUAUAAAUACCAGAGUGGACAAUAGCUGCCUAAAAUUCUCACGCAGUGGACACAAGAUUGUUCUACCAAGGAAGUGUUUUCAAUAUUUUGCAGGGACAUCAUUGUGUGAAACCCCUAGAGCCCAUAAGGACUGUUGUAGAACAGGUCUCACUUUAUCUGUUUAUUCAGAUUAAUCCAGCUGAGUUGGUACUUCACAUAUUUUAUAAUGGUAUUUUUAUUACAGGGAGUCUAGUAAGUACUGUUCACUGUAUCUUUGCUAUCCGCAGGUUUUUGUAACAUUCAUGAUUAAUGUAUUUAAAUUGCUGUGAAUAUGCCGGCAAGUAUUAGAGUUGUACUGAAAGUGAGUGUUAGUCAACAUGUCAUACCAAGUAGAUUAUGAAAUGCAGCUAUUGUACCCAGUUCUCUCUUCUCUGUUUGGCUUAGUGCCUUUUUGACCACUCAUAUAUGCUCUUGACAGCCUUAAAGCGCACUUCAUUACUGGGCCAAACCAUAUAAAUUAGAUUUUUAUGGAUCAAUCAACCAGCACUAAACAUAAUGGGGCAGUUUCCUAGACAGAAAUUGUCCAGUGAAAGGAAUUUUUGGGCCUGGUCCAUGGUUGGGCCUGGUAAACUGCCCCAAUGUAUACCAAAACAUGUAGCAAUAUAUUAAUAAGUAUCACAAUAUAGUUUCGCAAUAUUGUACCAAUUCGUAAUAACACAGUAUCCAUUUUUAAUUAUUAGUUUACAUGGUAAAUAUUGAUGUUAGAUAGGGGUUUAUUUAAUUUUGUGUUCAAACUCUGACUGCUACAAACUUCAUAUACCACUGUUUUGAUUGGAUAAAACCUUUUCUUUUAGUCUGCAUAUCAUUUGUUUUUAUACUAUGACAGAUUUUGUGAAUAUGAUGGUAUGUCGAGUUUUUGGUUAGAAGUUUGAGUUUAGGAUAUAUUUAAAAAUGUUCCAACAUCAGAUAUUAAUUAAAUUAAUUAAUUAAAAGUUCAUUGCUUUAUAAAAGGGAAUAAUUACAUUAUUAUGUCAAUUUAUCAGUGGCGUAAAAUAGUCCUUAAAUGACAUUAAUAUAAUUUAUUGCAAUUUAUUCUGACAAUAUAUUGUCCAAAUAAAAACAGUUGUCAAAGACUUACUCCCAAACCUUGGUGACCCUUUAUUGUCUUGAGAUUUAAGAGUAUUGUUUUAUUUUAUUUUUCAAAUAUUUUUAUUUCAAAUAUGUGUUUCUUGUGUUGUUAAUUAUGUAUGUUGUGUUGUUAAUAUCAAAGAUGUAAUAUGUAGACAGUAAAUCUAUCAGUGUUAAAUCAACGCUUAUUGUUAAAUCAACACUUAUUGUUGAAACAACACUGAGAGUGUUAAUUUAACAUUUAAAAGUGUUCAUUUAACACUGGUCAAUUUACUAUUCAUUUAGCUCAGAUUUUUCUUAAUCUGCCCACAGUCUGCCCACAGUCUACAGUUUAUAUGCUAGAUAGGAACAGUGUACUGAUCUUGAAAAAUUUUAACUGUGGUGUUAUGACAAGAUGUGAGUUAAAACCUCCAGAUUUAUCCUGGGAAAGGAACCCUAUCUUGUGAAUGGAUAGGUGAUAAAAGUACCUAUAUGUAUCUUUGAGGCUGGUGAAAAGGGACAAAGAAGGGGAGGGGGGGUAAAAAGCUAGGUUUAGCUUAGAACUUGCCGAUUCGAUCCCAUUGAUGUGUUUCAAGAAGCAGUGAUACUGUAACUCAAGACAAAUACCAUGUCCGACUUUGUGAACUAUUCUAAGCAUCAGUUGCUGACACCAAAGCCGGGAGCUGAGGGGGGCGGCACAUAUGUGCCUUAACUAGGCCCACCCACAGGAAUUGCUAGCCAGUGUAAGGAGUAUUUGACUUGCUCUCUUUCAAUGUUGUGAAAUAACUAUCUGUUUUUAGCCCCCUCACUUGCAGAGCUCAGGUUCUUGUGAAAGGGAACUCUGGGAAGUCUUGCUUUAGGGUGUUCUUGUGUACUGCUGGAAGUUGUAGCUUCACGUUUGAGUAAAGCGUGCAGGGUGGAAGGUGAGAGGUAGAAUUCGAGGUGGGAGGAGAGGCGGCCAGGCGUCUUUUGUGACCUUGGGUCUUUUCAGAGACUGAAGCUGGAUUCCAGCAGGGACACAUGGUCCAGACUGACAAGACCAUCUGCUACAGCGCCAGCCCUGGAGAGAGAGGGAGGGAGGGAGAGAAGAGGUGAAGGAAGGGAGGGGGGUAAAGCGGACACAGAAUUCCUCCCACUGGGGUGUGGAGGCAGUAGAUAUUCUGGGAGAUCUUUGCCAGCACCUUGGAUUGGGACUUACUCCGUUGGCGUCUUUGAAUAUUGCUUAAAUCUCUGAAGGCUUCUUUGUGGCUUUUUGAGAGGAUCCAGGACUGGUGUUCAAUCUAAGGAGCACAGAUGACUUUCUUGUGGUUCCCUCAAGUCUACCAACGGGGAUGAGCAACGGGGAUCUUGGCUCUGGGGCUCUUGUAUGCAGUGGAUCCAGUUUCUCCCUCAUCUCUCUGCACCCCAAAGCUGAAAGCGGUGGAUUAAAGAGGCUGGUGGGUGCAGAGAUUUGGUGUGGCCCAUCCUUCUUUCAUCUGUUCCUCCAUUGUCUAAACAGUGCAAGGAAAGGGAUUGUAUGCUUGGGCUUCCUCUGAAGGCCGCAGGGUCAGGUGGAUGAAUAUUUUUAUGAGGCACUUUGUCGUAGAGAUGGGCCAGGACCAAACGAAGCAGCAGAUUGAGAAAGGGUUGAAGCUUUACCAGUCUAAUGAGACGGGGAAAGCUCUGCAGGUCUGGAUGAAGGUGCUGGAGAAGACGUCAGAUCCUGGAGGGAAGUUUAGGGCUUUAGGUUGCCUGAUUACAGCACACUCAGAGAUGGGGAAAUAUAAAGAGAUGCUAAAGUACGCCCUGGCUCAGAUUGACACGGCGCGAGAGAUGGAGGAUCCAGACUACCUAACAGAAGGCUACCUGAACCUGGCCCGCAGUAAUGAGAAGCUCUGCGACUUCCAGAAGACCAUCUCCUACUGCAAGACCUGCCUAAAUAUGCAGGGCACCACAGUGAGUCUCCAGCUCAACGGUCAGGUGUGUCUCAGCAUGGGUAAUGCCUUCCUGGGCCUCAGCGUCUUCCAGAAGGCUUUGGAGAGCUAUGAGAAGGCCCUGCGCUACGCUCACAACAAUGAUGACAAGAUGCUGGAGUGCAGAGUGUGCUGCAGCUUGGGCAAUUUCUACAUUCAGUUAAAGGAUUACGAGAAAGCCCUAUUCUUUCCAUGCAAAGCAGCCGAGCUGGUGAAUGACUAUGGAAAGGGGUGGAGCCUGAAGUACAGGGCCAUGAGUCAGUAUCACAUGUCCGUGGCCUACAGGAAGCUGGAACGCCUGCCGGACGCCAUGGAAUGCUGUGAGGAAUCAAUGAAGAUCGCACUGCAGCAUGGAGAUCGUCCUCUACAGGCCAUGUGUCUCCUAAACUUCGCUGAUAUUCAUCGCUGCCGAAAUGAUGGUGAUAAAGCAUUCCCUCGCUACGAGUCUUCAAUGUGUAUAAUGACAGAGAUUGGCAACCGUUUGGGACAAGCAUCCAUCUACUUGGGUGUUGGGAAGUGUUGGCUGCUGCAGAAAGAUCCUGAAAAGGCCCUGGAGUCUCUCCAGCGUGCACAUGAUCUAGCAGAAGCAAUAGGUAACAAGCUGUGUGCUCUGAAGGUGCACUGUCUGACAGAGAACGUCUACCGCAGCAGGGGGCAGCAGGAAGAGCUGAGGGAGCAGGUAGUGAAGUUCCUGCAGUGUGUGGAGGAGCUGGAGCUCUACUGCGGCAUGUGUGGAGAGUCCAUUGGGGAGAAGAACCAGCAGCUGCAGGCCUUGCCCUGCUCUCACAUUUUUCACCUCAAGUGUCUGCAGACAAAUGGAACACAAGGCUGUCCCAAAUGUCGCCGUGCUUCCAUGAAGCCUGGGUUUGUAUGAUGUUCAGUGAUUACCAAGCCCGGCUUCAGACAGACAGACCUGUCGCAGUGGCUCCACAUGAGAUAAAGAUUGCAAGAUUCUUUGCCGGGAGACACGGAUACAGAACCACGGGAGUGUGUUCGGUUCCACACCUCUCAGUUCCUCAGGAAUUAAUAUCUAGACUGAACAAACCAUCCCACCAGUGGAAAUAACCAUACCAGAAAGCUUCAACAGUCUGCUCUCAGCGUGAAACUUGUGGAAAAGUGUGGGACUUUGAGGAGCCACCUCCAACUCAUGACUCAAACCCUGGUUUGCUGGGCUAAGGCAGUGACUUGGGUAACUGCCUGAAAGACCAUGUGAUAAAAUGGGCAAUGAGUCAAAGAUGUGCAUACACAUAUCAUCUUGCAGCUUCAGUCGAUACUGCCUAUGAGAUCAUGAUUUCAUGGAUUUUGAUUCAGGCUAACUUUCUAUAACAAGACAUUGUGUUGUUUGUUAAACUGCAACAACCUUGCAGGAUUUCAUUUCUUGUAAUUAAUUUUUAUGUGGCAACGGUGUGCCAUGAACAGACUUCUAAAUCCUACCUAUUUAAACACUAUCACUUGAGAGAAUACUAGUGUAUAUAUACUUUGUAAUACAAAAAAGGCUGCUUGUGAAACAUAUCAGUAAGUAGACAGUUUGAUGGGACUUUUGUUGUUAUAAAGGCAGCAAAGGCAGUUAUCUCUGCUUGUUUGUCUUUAUUUGAGAGAUACCAAGAUCUAGCAGCUGUUGUUUCAGUUUAUUGGUCUACUGUUUAGAUCAGGUAUGUACUGUCAGAUCCCAAAUUAUGUAAUCUGAGUUAUAGUUGUUCUAUACAUAUAUUUAGUUAGAUUUAUUUUUUAUAAAAUCGACAGGCUAGCACAGGUCAAAUGUUUCCACUACUUCCACUGCUUUUCGGGAAAAAAAAAACUUGAGAUAAGAAAUGUUAAAAUGCAAUUUUUUUCCUCUUGUACUAUUUUUAUGUUGUAAUUUUGUAACAUUGUGGUAUCUGACAUUUUAGAAAUGCUUUGAAAAUAACCCAAAAAAUUGUGGCUAUUUUCAUUUUAAAUCAUCCUUUGCUUCGUAACAGUGCCAGAAGGUUUCAUGACAGGUGUCAGAUGACAGUGCAAGACAGUGCUGCUGUGGUUAAUUCAACUUAUUCAAAAAUUCAAGAAAAAAACUCUCUUUUGUACCCUGCAUUCUCCAGCAACCCAGUUUCAUUUAGUGGUUUAUUGUUUGUAAUGCUGGGUUGUAGAUCAUACGAUUGUAGGUUCAAUAGUCACAUCAAUUAAGCAGCAGUUGUUGAGCUCUUGUACAAGCCCUUUAACUCUUUCUGAUCCAGGGGUGCCACAGCAUGACUGACCUAUGCAUAUUGACACUAAUUUAACUAACCUAAAGGUGAGCAAGUAACCAUACAGAACACAAGCAAUGAGACUGAGAACCACUGAUCUACUGCAUGACUGCUCUGCUAUUAGCUGCUCUUAUUUAGUGUUCCAUACAAAGGAAUAAAGCACAACAUUGCAUGCAUGUUCACAAAAUACAUCAACCUAUUUGAGAGAAUAGAAGGGUUAGUCUAAUGUGGGACAUUUUUGCAUCAGGGUGCUUCCAGUUUUAAAUAUUGCUCCACCAAGUAAAAUCUUCUAACAGAUAAGGCACAUCAGAGGGAGGAGGAUUUUGCUGUAUGGUAUGCAGCGAUUUCCCAUAACAUUAAUACCACCUCCUUGUUUCUACACAUUGCCUAUUUUGUCAACGCCACCACAGGCUAUAUAGUCCACCUGUUGCACUGCAUGCUCUUUUAGUAGUAUCCUUUCAUCCUGUUCUUCAAAGGUCAGGACCCCACAGAGCAGGUACUAUUUGUGUGGUGAGUCAUUCUCAGCACUACUGUGACACUGGCAUGGUAGUAGUCUGUCAGCGUGUUGUGCUGGUACAAGUGACAGAAACUCGUCUGUUUUUGAACGGUGUGUUAGUCAUCCUCUAGUCCUUAAUCAGUGGUCAAUGAUUUCUUAUAACUAUACGGGAGCAAUGUGAGAUAAUGCUGCUCUUCUCUGUGUGUAUCUUUUCUUACGUGACUGUGUUAAUUAAACCUUUCGUUCAAACAGACGUUUGUCCAACUUUACUAACAUAUUGCAUGUUGCCCAAUGUAGCUAUCUCACAUUCUGGCAACUCAAAGUCCAUAACUACCUCUCUUUACAUUUGUUCUUUACAAUAUUAGCAUGUUUGUGCUUCAGAAUCAUAUUGAAGCUCUGAUAAUGUACCUAAACAUAGACUGAAAUGUUUGAGAAUUGUCCUAAAGGCGAAUCAUGUUGGGCCUUUUUUAUAGUGAAAAUGCAAUAAACUAUUCUUUGCUACA